UUCUUACACAUCUUGGCAUCGCCGACUAAAGAACAAUUCCAAAAUUCCUCAUCAUCCUCCCACUUUUCUUUUCUUCAUCAUUAAUUAAUCAACAAAAAUUUCCACUAUAAAAUUACUUCCAAUUGCCAAACCAAAACUCAGACACUAAUCUCCAAUAAAUCUCACCCAAAAUCAUCUAGUUUUCUUACAAUUAAUUAAUUAUGGGAGGUGGACCAAGUAGCUAUCCUCCUCAGAUGAUGGCAAAUCAACAAGUUGCAAUAAUAAGUCCACAAUUUUGUGCACCAUAUCCAGUUGAUUUGAACAUCGUGAGGAAACUUAUGACGUUGUCUGAAGGUGCUUUUGGAGUUACUGAUGUUAAUGGUAACAUCGUUUUUAAGGUUAAAAGCAAAUUGUUUAGCCUUCGUGAUCGACGUGUUUUGCUUGAUGCUGCUGGUAAUCCUAUUGUCACUUUCCAACAAAAGAUAUUGAGUGCACAUAGAAGAUGGCAAGUCUACAGAGGAGAGAGCACAGACUCAAAAGAUUUUCUCUUUAGUGUAAAGAAGUCUUCACUUCUUCAAUUCAAGACCAAGUUGGAUGUUUUCUUGGCACACAAUACAAAAGAAGAUGUUUGUGAUUUCAGAAUUGAAGGCAGUUGGUUUGAAAGAUCAUGUGUUAUUUAUGCUGGAAAUACUUCUACUAUAAUUGCCCAAAUGCAUAGGAAACACACUGCUCAGAGUAUACUGCUUGGCAAAGACAAUUUUGGUGUCACUGUGUACCCGAACGUGGACUACGCGUUCAUAGUUGCUCUUGUUGUGAUUCUGGAGGAGAUUAAUGAGGAUCGAUCUGGUGAUGAUUGAUUUUAGCACGAGCGUUGGCAGUGUUUGAUGUAUAUUUUGUGUGAGCCGCGUUUUGGCUUUAAUUGGGAGUACUUCGAUUGUUGGAUUUGCCUGUGUAGUAUAGAGGUGUAAUGUUGUUUUGUUAGGAAGUUUUUCAAACGGACAAAUUACGAACUAUUUUACUACUUUUUUCCUGAUUUUCGCGA